AUGUCUUCCUCAACAGCCUCAUAUCCUUCCAACGGCUACAUGUCCCACGAAGAGCAUGAAAGCUCUCCAGAUGCCUUCUCUCUCUUUGACUACGCCAGAUCCAUGCACGAGCACACCAGAAAACAAAUGGAAGCUGCCGACAAAUCCGCACGCCGAAGAAGUGCCAACUCCAUGGCUUCAAACACACACGCCACUCUGAGAACCGGCCACGAUGCCACCACUUCCAUGGAUAGCAGUAGCAGUAGCAGUGGCAGCUCAGCCUCUGAAUCGCGAUAA